CGGCGGACGCGACGCGGGGUGCUGGGGUGCCGCACGGUGAGUGACGAGUGCCGCGAGCCCACCAGGACGUGACAGGUGGCAGCGCCUGACCCAGCAUCCUGGAGAGGCUGCGGGCCUGAGCAUGGACCCUGGCGAGGCUCCCCUGCACCCCGCUCCUGCAGAAAAUGACGUGAAAUUCGAUACUAAUCACAACGAAGAGGAAGAGGGAGAACAAUUCGACUUUGAGAGUGGAGAUGAAGCCCCAGAAGCAGAUCGCCAAGCCCCGUCCUGCGAAGGAGUGGCUGAAGCCUCUGGCCCUGCCGGUGCGUCUCCUGAGGGAGGUGACAAGGGACCUGGAGCAGAAGCCUUGGCAGGGGCAGAACCCGCCACGCUCAAGGUCCCAGCGAAGGUGAACCCGUACUCCGUCAUCGACAUCACGCCGUUGCAGGAGGAUGGGCUGCCGCCCCCAGACGCGCCCGCCGAGGAAGACAGUGUGGGUCUGCACGUGCCGAGUGGGUACUUGGUGCCCGUUCCCUGUGGCUACGCUGUCCCCUCCAGCCUGCCCGUGCUGCUGCCCGCCUACUCCAGCCCCGUCGUCAUCCGCACCGAGUCUGUGGACGAGGAAGAAGCACCGGAAGCUGUGGAUGACCAGCAGCUCAACUCCCCGAGUUCCGAGGACCCUCUGCACAGUGGUGAUCAAAGCAUCAGGGAAGGCAACGCCCUGGCCCAGUGGGCAGCGGACCCGGCCAACACAGCAUGGAUGGAAAAUCCGGAAGAAGCCAUUUAUGACGAUGUCCCCAGGGAAAACUCAGACUCGGAGCCAGAUGAAAUGAUUUAUGAUGACGUUGAGAACGGAGAGCAAGGAGGAAACAGCUCUGUGGAGUACGGGUGGAGCUCGAGUGAAUUCGAGAGCUACGAGGAGCAGAGUGACUCAGAAUGCAGGAACGGCGUUCCCAGGUCCUUCCUGCGUGGCAGCCACAAGAAGCAACUCUCUCAUGACCUAACCCGCUUAAAGGCGCACUGUGAGGAAAAGAUGAGAGGCUUGGUGGCCAGCACGGUGGGAGCUGUGGAGGUGCAGCAGCUAAAGCGCAGGCAGGAGUGGAAGAUGCAGAAGCUCAUGAAGGCAGCCAAGGAGGGCACCAAGGAUGGGCUGGAGCGGACCAAAGCCGCCGUGAAGAGGGGCCGCUCCUACAUCAGAACCAAGUCCUUCAUCUCCCAAGACCACAGGUCUGGUCUGGAGGAGGAGCAGAGCCUGUUCAUAGACGUGGACUGCAAACACCCGGAGGCCGUGCUGACGCCAAUGCCCGAGGGUCUGUCUCAGCAGCAGGUUGUAAGAAGAUAUAUUCUGGGCUCCAUUGUUGAAAGUGAAAAAAACUAUGUAGAUGCUCUUAAGAGGAUUUUGGAGCAAUAUGAGAAGCCUUUGUCUGAGCUGGAGCCCCGCGUCCUGAGCGAGAGGAAGCUGAAGAUGGUGUUCUACCGCGUCAAGGAGAUCGCACAGUGCCACUGCCUGUUCCAGAUCGCGCUAGCCAGCCGUGUGGCCGAGUGGGACGCUGUGGAAACCAUUGGUGAUGUCUUCGUGGCUUCGUUUUCCAAGUCCAUGGUGCUGGAUGCGUACAGCGAGUAUGUGAACAACUUCAGCACUGCCGUGGCUGUCCUCAAGAAAACGUGUGCCACAAAGCCCGCUUUUCUCGAGUUUUUAAAGCAGAGCCAGGAGGCGAGUCCUGACCGCGUCACGCUCUACAGCCUGAUGAUGAAGCCCAUUCAGCGGUUCCCGCAGUUCAUCCUCCUGCUGCAGGACAUGCUGAAGAACACCCCCAGAGGACACCCCGACAGGUUGCCCCUUCAGAUGGCACUGACGGAGCUCGAAACUUUGGCAGAGAAGUUAAACGAAAGAAAAAGAGAUGCCGAUCAGCGCUGUGAAAUCAAACACAUCGCGAAAGCCAUAAAUGAAAGAUACCUGAACAAGCUCCUCAGCAGCGGGAGCCGGUACCUCAUCCGCUCGGACGACGUGAUCGAGACGGUGUACAACGACAGGGGGGAGAUCACCAAGACCAAGGAGCGCCGGCUGCUCAUGUUGAACGAUGUGCUCAUGUGUGCCACUGUCAGCUCCCGCCCCUCCCAGGAGAGCCACUCAGGCGCCAGCCAGCGCUACCUGCUCAAGUGGAGUGUUCCCCUGGGCCACGUGGAAGUGAUCGAGUAUGGCAACAGCCCCGGCGUAGGGGAGCACAGCCGGCACCCUGCCGUGCACCCGCCAGAGAGCCUGGCUGUGUCUGCUAAUGCCAAGCCAUACAAAGCUUACCUGGGGCCGGGGCAGCUGUACCAAGAUCUGCAGAACCUGCUGCACGACCUGAAUGUCAUAGGCCAGAUAGCUCAGCUGAUCGGGACCCUCAAAGGGAACUACCAGAACUUAAACCAGUCAGUAGCCCAUGACUGGACCUCAGGCUUACAGAGACUGAUUUUAAAGAAAGAGGAUGAGAUCAGAGCUGCCGACCGCUGCAGAAUUCAGUUACAGCUUCCUGGGAAGCAGGACAAGUCUGGGCGGCCUACUUUCUUCACGGCUGUGUUCAAUACAUUCACCCCGGCCAUCAAAGAGGCCUGGACGAACAACCUGCAGAUGGCCAAGCUUGCUCUGGAGGAGGACAACCAUCUGGGCUGGUUCUGUGUGGACGACGACGGGAACCAGACCAAGAAAGACACGCACCCUCUCCUGGUGGGACACAUGCCUGUGAUGGUGGCCAGACAGCCGGAGUUCAAGAUCGAAUGUGCUGCUUACAACCCCGAGCCUUACCUAAACAAUGAAAGUCAACCGGAUUCGCUUUCCACGGCACGCGGCUUCCUGUGGAUCGGGAGUUGUAGCAGCCAGAUGGGGCAGAUUGCCAUCAUCUCCUUUCAAAAUUCCAACCCCAAAGUCAUCGAGUGCUUCAACGUGGAGUCACGCAUCCUGUGCAUGGUGUACGUUCCCGUCCAGGAGCCGCACCGAGAGCCCAGUGUGGCCUCGGACGCCGCGCCCACCGCCACCCGCGCUUCUGACGUGCCCACCAUCUGCCUGGGCACGGAGGAGGGAAGCAUUUCCAUCUAUAAAAGCAGCCAAGGCUCCAAGAAGGCGAGGCUGCAGCACUUCUUCACCCCCGAGAAGGCCACUGUCAUGAGCCUCGCCUGCUCACCGCGCGGCCUGUACGCUGGCCUGGUCAAUGGCGCCGUGGCCAGUUACACCAAGGCCACAGAUGGAUCGUGGAACGCAGAACCUCAGAAAGUCAUCAAAUUAGGUGUCCUUCCGGUUAGGAGCCUGCUGGCGAUGGAGGACACUUUGUGGGCAGCGUCUGGAGGCCAGGUGUUCAUCAUCAGCGCCGAGACACACACGAUCGAGGGCCAGCUGGAGGCACACCAGGAGGAAGGGAUGGUCAUCUCCCACAUGGCAGUGGCCGGCGUUGGCCUUUGGAUCGCCUUUACCACAGGGUCCACCCUUCGCCUCUUCCACACGGAGACACUGAAGCACCUGCAGGAUGUCAACAUCGCCGCCCCUGUGCAUGGCAUGCUGCCAGGCCACCAACGGCUGUCCGUGACCAGCCUGCUCGUCUGCCAUGGCUUGCUGAUGGUUGGCACCAGCCUGGGGGUUGUCGUGGCCCUGCCAGUCCCUCGUCUGCAGGGAAUCCCCAAGGUGACCGGAAGAGGCAUGGUCUCCUACCACGCACACAAUGGCCCUGUCAAGUUCAUCAUCCUUGCCACCACCCCACCCAAGGACCAGGACAAGGCCAAGGACAGCCCACCUCCCAGCCCUGAGCUCCCGGAUGAAGAGCAAAAGGAUUCGCCCUCCAGGGAGGGGGCUGCCUUUGUCCCCAGUCAGGGAGACCCUGACACAGCUGUGUGGCUGGGGGCUUGGCCAGGGCCGGGGCCACAGAAGAGUGACCUGUCCUUGUGGGAGUCACCGAGCUUGUCCCAUGGCUCUGGCUCGUUAGAGCACAGGUCUGAGGACAGCAGGGUCUGUGACCUCCUGAGGGACUCUGCUGCCCCCACAAGGAGCAGGGCACAGCCAUCCCGCAGAGCCAAGGCCAGCUCAGCGCUGGUGGUUUGUGGGGGCCAGGGCCACCGGCGCAUGCACAGGAGGGCACGGCCGCCCCCAGAGGAGCUGGUGUCCUCCGUGAUGGUCUGGCAGAUCCCACUGCUGAGCGCAUAGGGGAUGCCACGUCUACACCGCGCUAGGGAGGAAAUGUGCAAUAUGCCGCGAGGUGGCCUGCCCGCUGACUGCCCUGUCCACACAGCAGCACAGAGCCCAGGCGCCGAGGAGGACAGACCCACGUGUCCGGUCCCUGAUGGUUUCCUGACAGUGUGAUGCUCUUCAUGAAGUGUCCGGCGUCUCUGUCUCUGCCUGUGUGUGCUCACCUGGAGAAUCUGUGGGGGAUGCAGCGUUGGUAAUGACCCUGUGGUUCUCUCAAACUCCAGGGCCCCCGGCGACCGUGUCGAGAGCCGGAUCACAGGCACCGGCUCGUCACGGUGUCCACUCCCGGAAGCAGCGCAGUCUCCUGUGCGCUGUGUACUCUAACAAAGCACUAUUUUUCUAUUGUAUUUUCCUAUUAAAAACUAACAGCGGCAUUUUAGUCACCAUAGCGUCCAUGGCCGUUCACAUCUAAUCUGUGCUUUGAACCGAACGGCUCAGUACCGGUCAGCGCCAACCCACAGUGGCUCGGCCACAGGGCACUUCCAGCCCCACUGGGAGGGGGCCUCGCAGCAGAGGCAGUGUAUCGGGGCAGCUCGCUCUCAUGUGGGCCUGGAGUGGGGGGUCCACUGUGCCCGAGCUGGGACUCCUCUGGGGACCAGCCUGGAAUAGGCCUCCUGACACUGCUUGCCGUGUGGACGCCCCCUGUGGAACACGCAGGCCUGCAGCCGUGGGCACGGAGCUGGCUCAUGCGAGCGCUGAGUGACAGGUGAGCUCGGCCGCGCCCGCUUCCGGAGUUUCUUCCUCGUGUGUUCAUUACUGGGGGAACAACGGGGAAGAUGCCAAAUGCAGGUAUUGGGGGAAAUGUUUCUCAGCACUUUACAGAUGGCAGAAAUUCCAGAUUCGUGACUUAGCCAGAUUUUUGCUGAGUUGGAUAUAUACUCCUAAGCUUCCUUAAACUGUCAGCUGCUCUCUUAGUGCAUAAAUAAAGUGAUUUUAUUUAAAAAUA